AUGGUGGGUUACAGCAAAAUGUUCAGGCCUGUGUUGAAUGAGUCGAUACAGGUCGUAGUGUCCAUAUGGAUGGAUCUCGUCUCUAUUCAAGAUUUUAACGAAGUCGAAGAGAAAAUAUCAUUUACUGCGCUAUUGUACCUCGCAUGGCAGGAUAAGCGACUGGUUUGGGACCCUAAGGACUACGGCGGUAUUGAUAAUCUCUAUAUUGACGUCAGCAAGAUUUGGGUUCCACAAAUGAUGCUUAUGAACAAUGUUAAUAAAAAUGAACGUUUGUCUGAGGACUGGCAUACAGUGAAAGUCAAUGCGUCGGGGAUUUGCGUGUAUUAUACAGGCAACGUGUUUACAUCAUCUUGCAACGUCGACGUCACUUUCUAUCCCUGGGAUACGCAAACAUGCAGCCUUAAUUUCAUGCCGGCAAACUACGGUUUCGAUAAAAUGAGUCUAUAUCCACUAUAUCACAAAGUUGAAUUGACCUACUACUCGCCUAAUGGCGCCUGGGAUCUCAUGGACACAAGCGUUACAUCAGAGAUUUACAGCUUCAUGGUUAAUUUCAAUGUCGUGUUAGAGAGGAAGCCUCGAUUUGCGAUAGUAAAUGUGCUUCUUCCAUUGAUAAUUAUGUCCGCGUUGAAUAUCCUGGUCUUUCUGAUCCCUACCGAGUGCGGGGAGCGCAUCUCCUUUUGCCUGACGGUGCUGCUGUCCAUUGCGGUUUUCCUGACGCUCGUGGGAGACAACCUUCCGAAAAACUCGAAUCCGAUGUCGCUGUUUAGCUACUAUCUGGUGUCGGUGCUCGUCAUCAGUGUCGCCAUCACGCUCGCCGUCAUAUGCAGCCUGCACGUGUACCACAGAAGUGAAAAGCAGCAGCCGGGAGGCGCGUGGAGGGCCAUCGCUAUGUGUUUAGGGUGCUACUGUGUACGGCGGGCAGGGUCAGAGAGUGCGGAUAGGACUUAUCGCAGUGACGAAAUCAAGUAUGCUCGGCCGGAAAACGCUUCCCAUAGAUCUUCCCCCGGCAUGUAUUCAAUGCCGUAUUCGAUCCACACCCAUCGUAAUGUAAUACUGGACCGACCUACACAUAGUAACGGGACUCUGCCUUCAUCUCGUCCCGAGGACAAAUCCCUUCAGAAGAAAGAAACGGACGACAGUGAUAGCUCAGUCUUGGAAAUCACAUGGGAAGAAGCUUACAGCUUCGUGGUUAGGUUCAAUGUCGUGUUAGAGAGGAAACCCCGAUUUGCGAUAGUGAAUGUGAUACUUCCAUUGAUAAUUAUGUCCGCGUUGAAUAUCCUGGUCUUCCUGAUCCCUACCGAGUGCGGGGAGCGCAUCUCCUUUUGCCUGACGGUGCUGCUGUCCAUUGCGGCCUUCCUUACGCUUGUGGGAGACAACCUUCCGAAAAACUCGAAUCCGAUGUCGCUCUUUAGGUACUAUUUGGUGUCGGUGCUCGUCAUCAGUGUCGCCAUCACGCUCGCCGUCAUAUGUAGCCUGCACGUGUACCACAGAAGUGAAAAGCAGCAGCCGGGGGCGCGUGGAGGGCCAUCGCUAUGUGUUUAG